AGCCGGUUUUGGAUAACGGCGUGGUGAGAGAAGUGAAUCUACAUUUUCAAGGUCUUCUUCUUUUUGCAUAAGGCAACGAUGCCACCAGCGCAGAAGCCAAUUCUCUUCACCCCGGGUCCGCUGAUGACCUCUGAGACGGUAAAGGAAGCCAUGAUGACAGACUAUGGCAGUCGGGACCGCCGUUUCAUGGAUGCCGUGAAGUUUAUUCGCGAGGAGGUCAUCUCCAUUGCUGAACUCGAUCCCAAGGAGUGGGUUUGCAUUCUGCAGCAGGGAGCUGGCACGAUGGGUAUUGAGGCCGCCAUCUCGACUAUCUUCCCUCGAAAGGGAGGCAAAUAUCUCCUUAUUAAUUCUGGCAAGUACUCGGAGAAGCAGGCAGCCAUUGUGAAGCGGCUAGGAUGCUCAAUGGUGAUGCUGAAGCUGCGUGAAGGCGAAGAAUUGCAGAUGAGCGCACUGGAGUCGAUUCUCCGCGAGAACCCGGACAUCACCACUGUCGGAUUCGUGCAGCACGAGACCAGUACGGGGAUGGUUUACCCAGCGGAGAAGAUUGCCGCCACGGUGCACCGCAUUGUUCCGGCUGCCAAAAUUAUUGUGGAUGGAGUGAGUGCGUUCGGCGGCAUUCCCUUCAGCGUUGCGAAGGCAUGUGACAUCCUCGUGACCACGCCGAACAAGUGCCUGCACAGUGUCCCGGGCAUUUCCAUAAUCCUCGCGCGCCGGUCGGUCAUCAUGGCCGCUAAAGGGUGCUCCCGCAGCGCGACGCUGGACCUCGCGAUGGAGCUCGUCGCGUUUGAUAAAAGCGGGCAGUUUGCUAUCACGCCUCCGGUGCACGUGGUGAUGGCGCUCCAGCAGGCCCUCAUUGAGUACAAGCGCGAAGGCGGCUUGGCGGGGCGUCAGAAGUCGUACCACGCCAAGUCACUGCUCGUGCGCAAGGCAGUCAAAGAGAUGGGCUUCACUCUCUUCCUCGAUGAGACGAAGCCCAGCUACGCCGACAUUGUCGUGUGCGUGAACAUGCCGACGGACCCUCGCUGGAACUUUAAGAAGUUCUACACGUACCUCAACGACCGCGGCCUUGUGAUUUACCCCGGCAAGGCAUCUCACGCGGAAACGUUUCGCUUUGGCAUUAUCGGCCACACGUCGCUGGAGGACUGCGACCGCUUGAUGAAGUGCGCAAAGGAAGCCUUGAAGUCUAUGGGAAUUGACCGCCUUGAGCAAAAGAGUAAGCUGUAG